CUGAAUUCUAGCCUUGCCCACUUGGCAAGACCUGUCAGAACUUCAAUUCCACUUGCUUGACCUUUGAGCAUCCAAGACCACCUCCCUGGCAUGGAAGAGGCCCAGGAUCUCUUCUAGUGUCAGCCUCUGCUCUUCAAAGCUCGCUCUCCAAGCAAAAGUCAAGACCACAUAUCCGAGCUGGCAUCUAAGAGAUUCCUGCACGGGAUUCCGCAUCUGACCAAACCACUCACAGAAUAUUUGAGCCACAAUGGACCUUGGAAGGCUUCUAGCUCAAAGUCUGGAUCCCCUUCCCAAGGUUAGGAGAGAAGAUCUCAGGGGGAAUCUGCAAAGGAGGGUAAGAUUGCUGGCUCUCCAGAAGCUUCGGGGCAGGGUGAAAGAGAAGGGAGUAAGCAGCCAGGAAAGACACCGAGAUCUCCAAGCACGAUGAAGCCCGUGAUACCUGGCCCUGCCCAUGACGCUGGCCCUGACCUGGCUCUCCUACCAUGCCCUCCUGCUGGGUGGCUGGAUGCGCUGGAUGCCAACUGCAGCGGGUUGCUGCUGCUGCUACGGGACCCGCUGUCGGACAGUUGGGGACCGCCGCUCUUGGACCCGGAGGGUCCCUACUGCAAUGCCACCACUGACCAGAUUGGGACGUGCUGGCCCCGCACUGUCGCCGGGACCUACGUGGAGAGACCCUGCCCCGAGUUCUUCAACGGAAUCAAGUACAACACCACGAGGAAUGCCUACCGAGAAUGCACAGGCAAUGGCACCUGGGCCUCGAGGAUCAACUACUCCCAGUGUGAGCCCAUCUUGAAUGACAAGAGGAAAUAUGACGUGCACUACAAGAUAGCGCUCAUCAUCAACUACCUGGGUCAUUGCGUGUCCAUGGGGGCCCUCCUCGCAGCGUUCCUGCUCUUCCUCGGCUUGCAGAGCAUCCGUUGCCUCCGGAAUAUCAUUCACUGGAACCUCAUCACGACUUUUAUCCUCCGGAACAUCCUCUGGUUCCUCCUGCAGCUGAUUGACCACACGGUCCAUGAGAACAAUGAGGCUUGGUGUCGAUGCAUCACCACCAUCUUCAACUACUUUGUGGUGACCAACUUCUUCUGGAUGUUUGUGGAAGGCUGCUACCUACACACAGCCAUUGUCAUGACCUACUCUACAGACAAGUUGAGGAAGUGGGUCUUCCUGUUCAUUGGAUGGUUCAUCCCCUGCCCCAUCAUUAUCGCCUGGGCCAUCGGCAAACUCUACUAUGAAGAUGAGCAGUGCUGGUUUGGCAAAGAGCCAGGGAACUAUGUUGACUACAUCUAUCAAGGCCCAGUGAUUCUGGUGCUCCUGAUCAAUUUUGUUUUCCUAUUCAACAUUGUUAGAAUUUUGAUGACGAAGCUUCGAGCAUCCACCACUUCAGAAACGAUGCAAUACAGGAAGGCAGUAAAGGCGACCCUGGUCCUCCUGCCCCUCCUGGGCAUCACCUACAUGCUCUUCUUUGUCAACCCUGGAGAUGAUGAUGUGUCCCAAAUUGUGUUCAUUUACUUCAAUUCCUUCCUGCAGUCCUUCCAGGGCUUCUUCGUUUCUGUGUUCUACUGCUUCCUGAAUGGAGAGGUCCGAGCAGCUGUGAGAAAGAGGUGGCGCAGGUGGCAGGAUCACCAUUCCCUCCGGGUCCGGGUUGCCCGGGCCAUGUCAAUCCCCACGUCCCCCACGAGGAUCAGCUUCCACAGCAUCAAGCAGACAGCCACUGUCUGAUGCUAUGCCCUUCCAAAAGGCUUACCCCCCCACACCUCCUCCUCCCUUUUCACCUCCAGAGAUGCUCCUCUUGCUUCCUCCUCUUUUCUUGGCCAGUUUGACAUGGGGGAACAGAGGAAAAAGGGGGUCUGGAUGGAUGACAUGGGAGGAGAGUCACAUCCAGGGAAGUGGGAGCAUGCAGUGGGGUUGCAGGAUGACAGGGAAUGGGUGGCCCAGACUUGGGACCAGCAGAUAGGAAGAGUGCAGGGGAAAAAACCUCAUUCAAACCCUCUGCCACACUUUUCAGAACUCUGGUCCUCUCAAUAUCCCCAUGAGAGAAAUAGCAGGUGAAUUAGUGAUAAGAAAUGGACGCCCCGAGUGUCAGAGUCAGAGAGGAAGGAAUGGGAGGGACUGCAGAAGACCCCUAGUCCAGGCCUGUCAUUUUACAGAUGGGGAAACUCAGGAGAGACGGUGAGUGCGGGUUAUCCAGACACUCAGCAAUGAAGCUAGGGCUAGUCCCCAGGUCUCUUGACAAGUAGUUUUUUCCACUGCAUCUCCAUGGGACGGCCCUCUCCCUCCUCAGCUGACAGAGAGCAGGAAUAGCAAAAGAGCCCAAUCUCUGCCCACGGCCCCAUCUCCUUCCUGCUGCUGUUGAGACCCACUGGUCAGUCCUUGUGUUUAGUGGAGAGAGAGGGAACAGGAACCACUUGGAUGGUGGAGGAGGGGCGUCAGCCUCGCAAACCAAUGUGUCUCUUCUGUGUAUAAGACCUAGAAGCCAGGGUCCUCGGGACCUCGGCUGGACCCUUCCCCUUCAGAAACAGUGUCUCUUGUGUCUCUGGAAUAAACCACCCCUGAAGCGUU